AUGUUGGAAGGACUUGUAUCCUCGUUGCUUAACCGCUUCUUGGGGAUGUACAUAAGGAAUUUUGACCCUGGACAAUUAAAGGUAGGAAUCUGGUCGGGAGACGUCAAAUUGCGCGACCUGGAACUCCGACGUGAAGCACUGGACCAGUUGAAGUUGCCAAUCAACGUGGUGGAGGGCCAUCUAGGUCAGCUCACUCUUAAAAUUCCAUGGUCAAACCUUCGGGGUCAGCCUGUGCAAAUCGAAAUCGAGGACGUAUUCUUGCUUGCAGCGCCAAAGGAAGAUGCAGAAUAUGACGAGGAGGAAGAAGAGCGUCGGAGGCAGGCUGUCAAAAUAGAGAAGCUCGACAGUGCCGAGAUGCUAAAAGAUCGAAACCAGGAAGGGAUGAGCCAGGAAGAACAACAGAAGAACCAAAGCUUUACAGAAAGUUUGGUGACAAAGAUUGUUGAUAACCUACAAAUACGGGUCAAGAACAUUCAUGUUAGAUACGAGGAUUCUAUAUCCACUCCAGGACACCCGUUUGCUCUUGGAGUUACCCUUGAGGAGUUUAGUGCGAUCAGUACAGACGGGCAAUGGAAGCCGACAUACAUACAGGACUCAGCUGGCCCCACGCACAAGUUAGCAACGUUAGGAGCUCUAGCUGUGUAUUGGAACACCGAUACAUCGCUAUUGGGUACUGGCAGAGAGGCUGAAGUACCUGGAUUGGAGGUCUCAUCGCACGAAGAAAUGCUCGCAAAAUUUAAGGAGAUGAUUGUGCGAGGAGAGGAUCCAGCCGUUGCCAACCAUCAAUUCAUAUUGAAGCCUGUCAGUGGGAAAGCCAAGAUUGCUAUCGAUAAAUCUGGGAAGGUUGACCGACCGCAUAUUAAAGCAGGAUUGAUAUUUGAUGAAAUCGGUCUGGUUCUAGAUGACGAUCAAUACCGCGAUGCGUUGAUGAUGGUUGAUCUAUUCCACUAUUUCAUUCGUCACCAAGAGUACAAAAAGCUGCAACCAAAGGGUGUCUCACCAAAAGAAGAUCCUAAAGCCUGGCUUCAAUUUGCAGGCAACGCUGUUUUGAGUAAAAUCCAUGAAAGAAAUCGUCGUUGGUCGUGGAGUUACUUUAAAGAGAGGAGAGAUGAUCGUAUUCGAUACAUCGAACUAUUCAAGAAGAAGAAGAAACAAGCAGAGCCUUUGAGUCCAGAGGAGACGAAAGAGAUCGAAAAGCUUGAGUGGAAGCUAGACUACGAAGAUAUGCGUUUUUGGAGGUCGCUGGCCAGGAAUCAACUCAAAAAGGAGAAUGUUGGGGUCAAGAAGGCGACUACGGCCAAGGGUAAGCAAGGUUGGGUUGCCUGGGCAUGGGGUUCGAAGCCAGUCGAAGAGGAAGAAGACGAGACAACAACCAUGACUGAGGAGCAGAGGAAAGAGCUCUACGAUGCUAUCGAGUGGAACGAAAAGACUGCCCUUGCAGAAAGCAUUGAUUUACCAAAGGAGACGGUCAAGAUGCAGAUCAAUGCCUCCCUCAAUACAGGUAGUUUCACCCUCAAACGAGAUCCUCAUCAGGACACUACAGAAGUUUUGAGUUUAUUCUUCGAUGGAUUUCGCGCUAAAUUCUUGCAACGCCCCGAGUCACUUUUCGCAGAUGUUAGCCUUGGCGGUCUUCGUGUUAACGAUGGGACGACCCCCAAUAGCUUAUUCAAACAAAUUGUGCGGGUCAAGGAUGCUCCUGAUACUCCAGAGAAAUUGCAAAUUAAAGAAGAGGAGGAACAUGAAUCAGACAACGAGGCCGAAAAAGACCCAUUUUUCAACUUUCAAUUUGAGCAAAAUCCACUUGACGGAGCGAGUGACCUCGCUGUCACUGGAAAGCUAAAGCCACUUGAGAUUAUAUGGAAUCCUUUAUUCUUGGUUGGCAUCAUAAAGUUUUUCAAGCCCCCAGAAAGACAUAUGGAAUCCAUAGGUGCACUCAUGGAGUCAGCUGGUGCCACUGUUGAGGGUUUCCGGCAACAGACCAGAGCUGGUCUAGAGUUCGCAUUAGAGGAACACAAAACCAUUAACGCCAAGCUGGAUCUCCAAGCACCACUCAUCAUCGUCCCUGAGAGUAUAACCGCUAAAAGAACAGCUUGCCUGAUUCUUGAUGCGGGUCACAUCAGUGUGAACAGUCAGCUGGUUGACAAACAUACGCUUAAAGAUAUACAAGGCAAGCAAAAUCAAGCCUAUACAGAUGAGGACUAUAAACGCCUAGAGUCAUUGAUGUAUGAUAAGUUCUUGGUCAAGUUGUCGUCGACGCAGCUUCUGAUUGGCCCUUCCAUUGAGGAUACCAAACGCCAGUUAGACCAGAGGGACGAUAAGCAGGCAAUGCAUAUAGUCGAAAAGAUCAACGUCGAUUUCAUUGUUCAGUUAUCCAUCAUCCCUAAAGCUCCAAACUUGACCAAAGUGCGAGUAUCUGGCCAUCUCCCGGUACUCCACGCAUCUGUAUCUGACAAGAAGUAUAAAAGCUUGAUGAGAAUAAUCGACAUGGCCAUCCCAAAGCUAGACGAUAACGAAGCGACGUCAGGAACCUCUACUACAAAAGAAGUUUCGAGACCCCGAACUUCCAGUACGGUCUCGGCGGCCGACAAGAAAAAGGGCCACGAGCGAUCUCAGUCCGUGCCGUUCAAUUUUGCCACGCAAGAGGCUAUUAUUCUGGAAGAUGACGUGAGUGAGGAUGACGAUGCCGAAUUUGAGGACGCUUCAAAUGAGACGGACAAUGAAAAGUUCAAGGUUCAGCAAAAGAACUUUGAACUCAAAUUUGAAGUAGAUCGGCUCCAGGGGUCUCUCUUUAGAAGCGAUCCUGGAGGACGGAAACAAGAUCAGCUUCUUGCCGAACUUGUGGCCGAGGAGUUCAGUCUAGAUUUGGUUGUCCGGCCGUUUGAUUUGAUCAUUAACACUUCACUUGGCUCGCUCGUCUUAGACGAUUAUGUUGAUAACCCACCAACUGAGUUCAAAUCCAUUCUCUCUUCCGGUGACGCAGAGUCAGAGAGCGAUAAGGAUCUUGUGAGUGUGAGAAUUGUCAAAGUCAACCGCGACUCUCCUGAAUUCAUGCCAAAAUAUGAGGGGGUUGAGGUGAAUAUUGACGUGGCUAUAUCCACUAUCAAUCUCGUCGUCACCCGGAAGACUCUAUUGACACUGUUGGACUUCAUCCUUGUGACUUUUGCUAACAGCGAGUCCGCCGUCGGCCGGCCUACAUCUCCAAAGGAGAUCCAGGGCCUACAAGAAGAUGAAGAACCUGUAACCACCACCAGUUCCUCAACGGAGACUGAUAGCGGAUCUGUCCGAAUUAAGGUAGAUUUGAAGAGUAUCAGAUUGAUUUUGAACAACGACGGGAUACGUCUGGCCACUUUGUCGCUCAACGAGGCGGACGUGGGAAUCUUUGUUAUGGGCAAGACCUUAAGGGUCGCUGCGAAGCUUGGUGAUCUCUCACUACUUGAUGAUGUCAAUCAAGGCGCCUCUUCGGAUUCCAAUUUACGAAAGUUGAUAACUAUUCAAGGCGAUGAUCUUGCGGAUUUCCGUUAUGAAACUUUUGAUCCCGAUAGUGGUAAUGCAUAUCCCGGCUACGAUUCCUCAAUCUACCUUCGUGCUGGUUCUAUCAAACUACAUUUCCUCGAAGAACCAUUCCGGAAAAUCAUUGAUUUUGUGGUAAAAUUCGGACAGAUGCAGGCAAUUUUCAACGCUGCUCGACUGGCUGCUGCCAACCAAGCCUCGCAGAUUCAGCAGAACGCGAAUCGCAUGAAAUUCGAUAUAAUAGUCAAAACCCCCAUUGUCGUAUUUCCUAGGACCAUGGUUGCUGGUCGACCGAAACGUGACCUUAUCACCGCUUAUCUUGGAGAGAUUUACGCCGAAAACAAGUUCCUUCCGCUAGAUGAUUCGAAAGAUGCGGCUGUCGCUAUGAACUUGUCUGCUGGGGUUCGUAACAUCCGGUUAACCUCCGAUUUCUACUUUGACAACGACAAGUCCGAAGAGUUGGAGCUCAUUGACAAGGUAGACCUUGGAUUCACGAUGACUUAUGCGGAACACUCGCCAGGUUCUAAACGGCCUGACAUGGAGAUAGAGGGAAGCAUGACAGAUUUUAACCUUCGUGUUACCCAAUCGCAGCUCAAGUUCCUUCUGGAGCUUUCUCGAUCAGUACCUGCCGCUUUUGCAGCAGACCCCGAUAGCUCUCAAAAGGACGUCACAGAGGACAUCCCAUCUUCUACGUUGAAGAAAGCCAAGACCAUCACCGACGACGAUUCCGAAGAAAGUUCAAAUGCCCUCGUGGACUUAGGCCCCGAGCUAGGAGUCGACUCCAAGAGCUGGACUAAGCUUGAUCUUGCGUUUCAGUUGCAUAAAAUUGGGCUCGAACUCAUUUUAGCCAAGGACGAUGAGCCUAUAGGAGAUCUUGAUGCUUCAAGCUUGGCUAAGUUCUCCCUUGAUGACACAAAAGUCAAGCUUCGGAUGAUGACAGAUGGCUCUUUAGAGUCAGAAUUGCUUAUCCAGUCUUUUACAAUUCAAGACAGCAGGACGAGGGAGACGAACAAAUUCCGCAAGAUUAUGACUUCCUUAAACAAGGACGUGCAACAGUUUAUGGCCAGUGUCACUAUCUCAGGUGGUAAAGAGCGAAACCUAAUAGCUAUGGUGGCUAUCGAUAGUCCACGGAUAAUAUUUGCCCUUGACUAUCUGUUCGCUUUGCAGUCAUGGGUUGCCGCCGGUCUAGUCGUUGAUGAAGCUGUCAUGUCUGAUCAUGAUGAAAGUUUGUUUGGCUCUCCAGAUGAAUCUGAAACAGAUUCCAUUAUGGCAAUAGCUGAGGAAGCCUCGCCCGAGUCUGCGAGCGGGUCGAGAGCCUUGUCGAAGUCAUCAUAUCAACAACCUGAACAAUCCAGCGACUCUUCUAUGAGUGUAGCAUUCAGAGUCAACGUCGUCAAUGCACAAAUAAUCUUGAUCGCCAAUCCCCUAAGUUCGAGCUCCGAGGCCAUUGUCCUAGGGACCAAGCAAAUUUUAAUAGCGCAACAACAUGCAUUAACUGUACAGGUUAUGAAAAUGGGGAUGUUCCUCUGCAGAAUGGACAAAUUUGAAGAUAGUCGCCUUCGAGUUCUAGAUGAUUUCUCCUUGCAAAUGUCUCUGGACAGUUCGCAAGCAGACUUGACAAGUUUUCACAUAGACAUAGAACCUUUGGUGCUACGAUUGUCCCUCAGAGAUAUUCUCCUCGCAAUCCAGAUCGUCACCAAGGCAUCUGAACUUUCUAGCGUCGAUGACAAUAAAAACAAGGAUUCCCCAGCUUCUGAUCAGAAAGCUAAGCAACUCAAGACCGGCGAUGCAGGCCUGAAGCAGCGGAGUGCAAGCGGUAAAGGUCAAUCUACAAUUGGAAGAAAGACCAAGGCUCCUACUGUUGCACAACCCAGACUACAAGAUAAAUCGUUAGAAAAAGUCACGCGAAAACACGAGGAGCUCACCGUAACUUUGGAUGGCAUGAGAUUAAUCCUGAUCGGCGAUCUUCACGAAUUACCUAUCCUAGAUCUUAGUGUCAAAAGCUUUACCACCACUGCCAACGACUGGUCAAGCAAUUUGCGAGCGGGCACCAACAUCGACUUGUUCAUAAACAUUUACAAUUUUUCGAAGUCAGCUUGGGAGCCGUUUAUCGAACCUUGGCAGCUGGGCCUCGAAAUCUCAAAAGAGGCGAACCCCGAUUCUCUUGCCGUCAACCUUGUCUCGGACAAAACAUUGGAGUUGACUGUAACUUCGGCAACAAUUGCGUUGGCUUCUAAAUCGGCAGAUUUUCUGACCCAAUCUGAUGAUGUGCUUUCGAAACCUAGAGGGACCGAAGCACCUUACCGAAUGAGAAAUUAUACCGGGUUCGAUAUCAACGUAUGGGCUGAUGUCUCAGGUGAAGAGAACCAGAUGGCUGCCAAAUUAGCAGACGGAGAGGAAGGUCCUUGGAGGUUCGAAGAUUGGGAGAAGAUGCGAGAGAAUUUAUCGCCAGAGGAGAGCAACGGUGUUGUUGGUAUUCGUUUGGAGGGAAGCGGGUUUGACAGCAUCAACAAGAUACCAGUUACACGUGAGGGAGAGACCAUCUAUAACUUACGUCCCCGAAAGAACCAGAUCAUGCAUCGACUUUUGGUGGAGGUUACUCUUGGAGAUGAUAACGUCAAAUGUAUCACUUUCAGGUCGCCCUUAUUAGUCGAGAACAAGACUCAAAUACCUGUGGAGGUUGGAGUUUUCGACGCUCAGGAGGGGCAUCUCUUGAAGAUUGAGAAGAUCGCACCUGGAGAGAGCCGACCAGCUCCCGUAGGUGCCGCCUACUUGAAGUCUCUACUUGUGAGACCCGACCAAGGGUUUGGGUACACCUGGUCUACCGAGUCACUCUAUUGGAAAGACCUUAUGAAGAGACCGACUAGAACCAUGACCUGCAAAGGUGAAAACGACAAACAAACCCCGCCCUUUUACUUCCAGAUGCAUGCUAGCUACGAUAAAACCAAUCCUCUUCCGUCAAUUUAUCCUUACAUGCGAAUUAGACUCUCUGCUCCUAUCGAGUUGGAGAACCUUCUGCCUUACGACUUCAAGUAUCGAAUCUAUGACAAAAAUACCAAAAAAGACUGGACAAAUUUCCUCCGCAAAGGCGGCCUCAGCCCCGUUCAUGUUGUUGAGCUUUCGCAUCUGUUACUUAUGAGUAUUGAUAUGCAAGAUACUGUAUUCAAGGCCAGCGAAUUUGCAAUAAUUAACUCGAACAACCAGGAAGAUUUCCGCAAGGAAUCGCAACUCGUCUGCAAAGAUAAUGAGGGACUGGCGCUCAAUUUGAAGUUGCACUAUUACAAGAUUCCUGACAGCGGUGGUGCAUUCAGAAUCACCGUCUACAGCCCUUAUGUGGUUCUAAAUAAGACUGGACUUGAGAUCAACAUCAAAUCAAAAUCCCUACUCCAAGGAGCAAAAACAUCAGCCGGCCAGGCGUUCCACGCAGAUUCUGCUGAUAGAGAGAGGCGUAAGGCUUUACCAUUCAUGUUCGCUUUUGGGGCUGACGAUCAACGCAAUCGUGCAAUCUUGAAAGUUGGCGACUCGAACUGGAGCAAACCACAGAGUUUUGACGCUAUUGGCAGCACUGUUGACGUUGUCUUGCCAGCUGCAAACAAGAACAACGAGAUCCAUGUCGGUAUCACCGUCGAGUCAGGAGAGGGAAAAUACAAGAUGACAAAGGUUGUUACCAUUGCUCCUCGAUUUGUGCUUAAAAAUCGAAUGGACGAAGAAAUGAACGUACGGGAACCAGGGUCUUCAGACGUUAUGACACUCAAGCCUGGAGCUCUGCAACCAUUACAUUUCCUUCAAAAAUCUGCCAGGAAGCAACUGUCGCUUUGCUUCCCUGGGGUCAACAACCAAUGGUCAUCUUCGUUCAACAUUUCAGACCUCGGAACAACACACGUCAAAUUGGCCAAGUACCAGCAGCGCCAAAAGCUGAUCCGAGUUGAGGUUCUAAUGGAGAAUGCUACCAUAUUUUUGCACCUGAGCUUAGAGACAAAGAAUUGGCCAUUCUCAAUGCGCAACGAAAGCGAUGUAGAGUUCAAAUUUUACCAAGCCAACCCAAAUCUUGAUGAUGAAGAUGCGGAAGAUCGGUCCGGUUGGCGGCCAAUUAGGUAUAUGUUGCCUCCUAGAAGUAUCAUGCCGUAUGCCUGGGAUUAUCCAGCUGCAAAGUUCAAGGAGCUGGUCAUCACUGCUAAUGGUAAAGAGAGACACAUUAAGUUGGCGGAAAUUGGAAACUUGAUCCCACUGAAAAUCCCACCUGCGCAUAAUGCGGUAGGCGCGAGAGAGUCCAAGAUUAUCGACCUGAAUGUCACAGCUGACGGUCCAACUCAAACAUUAAUUCUAUCGAAUUACAAAGCGUCGAAGUCUCUGUACAAGCAGAAAACUCGUUCUGAGUCAACUACGAGCGUUGCCGGUGGCUUCGAAGUCAAAGAUCAAGAUAUGGGUGUCACAUUUCGAGCACAGCUAAAGCUGGCCGGAAUUGGGAUAUCUCUUAUCAACGCUCAACUGCGUGAGCUUGCCUAUAUCACCUUCCGAGAUGUCUCGUUCAAAUACUCCGAAUCGCCUCUUUAUCAAACCAUCACAGCUGGUAUUACCUGGAUACAAAUUGACAACCAGCUUUAUGGCGGCAUAUUCCCCAUGAUAUUGUAUCCCAGUGUAGUACCCAAAAACAGCAAAGAGACUGAGGCUCACCCAUCUGUCCACUUCCAGGUGACCAGGGUGAAGGACGAUUCGUACGGGGUGAUAUACAUCAAAUAUGCGACUCUCUUGCUUCAACAGAUGACACUUGAAAUCGAUGAAGACUUUGUCCUAGCACUGUUGGAGUUUUCGAAGGUACCUGGUGCGAGCUGGUCAGAAACUCACGAAGGCAAAUUGUGCGAUGAGGAUUUAGACAUUCCAGAACCUAAGCAGGAGCAAUCGGGGCAAGACAUCUAUUUUGAGUUGCUCAACUUACAACCCAUGCAACUGGAUUUAUCUUUCGUCCGUACCGACCGAGUUAACGUUGAGGAUAAAACGUCUUCGCGGAACCCUCUAAUGUUCUUCUUGAACGUACUAACCAUGGCGAUUGGAAACAUCAACGAUGCGCCUGUUCGUCUCAAUGCACUCAUGCUGGAGAAUGCACGCCUUUCAAUGGCGGUGCUAUUACAAAACGUAUCAAACCACUACUCUCAAGAAGGUCUCUACCAGGUCCACAAAGUUCUAGGGUCCGCAGACUUCCUUGGGAAUCCGGUGGGAUUAUUCAACAACCUAAGUUCUGGUGUUGCCGACAUUUUUUAUGAGCCAUACCAAGGUUUCAUUAUGUCCGAUCGUCCAGAGCAAUUGGGUCUAGGUAUUGCUAAGGGUGCAACCAGCUUCGUCAAAAAGUCCGUGUUUGGCUUCUCUGAUUCUUUCUCAAAAUUCACAGGCAGUAUUGCAAAGGGUCUAGCUGAAGCCACCAUGGACAAACAAUUCCAGGAUCGUCGUCGUAUGACUCGCUCUCGAAAUCGACCCAAGCAUGCUCUGUACGGAGUUACGGCCGGCGCGAACUCAUUCGUUAGCUCCCUCGCAUCCGGUGUUGGCGGUCUGGCACGCAAACCUCUUGAGGGUGCAGAGCAAGAAGGCGUUGCCGGAUUCUUUAAAGGAGUCGGCAAGGGUGUCCUUGGUGUUAUGACAAAGCCCGCUAUUGGUGUCUUCGAUCUCGCAUCCAAUGUGUCAGAGGGUAUACGGAACACUACUACCGUCUUUGAUACGGACGGGCUUGAUCGUGUCCGUCUAACACGUUUCAUUGGUACCGACGGAAUUGUCCAUCCAUAUUCGCAACGGGAAGCUCUUGGCCAGUUCUGGCUCAAGCAACUCGACAACGGGAAAUACUUCAAUGAGCAAUAUAUCGCACACCUUGAGCUACCCAGGGAGGAUGUUGUUGUUAUGUUGACAUACUCGAGAAUUAUGCUCAUCAAGUCUAAGAAGUUGACCUCCGAAUGGGACGUUCCUCUGAAAGAUAUCCAAACAAUUUCGAAAGAGAGGACGGGAUUGAGUCUAACUCUGAGAGGUGGGACCAAUGGACCUUUUAUUCCUGUUGUGGAAGAAAGUAGCAGAGGUUUCUUGUACAAGAAAAUCGGUGUUGCUGUGGGGGAAUUUAACAAGAAGUACAAAGCCACCGAGUAG